UUAUGUGUCUCAAAGGUUCAACCCUGCAUGCACUUAGUGGUAUUUUCGCUAUCACGGUAGUAGAAAUCAUCGCAUUGGCUUAUCGCCCCCCUCUUAGGCCUAGGUAGAUGAUCUCAUACUCCAUAAUAUUAAUACUCUAUAUGAAAUACGAUUGCAAAUGAGUUUUAUGUGUUGUGGGCUAGUGUAUUUUGAAAAUGAGAUUAUAGUUUGCACUAUCAUUUUACAAAUAGUCUAGGAGAAUAAUAUCAGUUCUUGAGCGUACUCGUGCUGAGUAAAUCCUGGAUAUAUUUUCUUAGCCUUUUUUUUACAAUCCUGCGAUCUAUUUACUGUGAUGGAACUGUAUCUACAAUCAUAGUGGUUUCAGUUGAUAUUUACCUCGUAAAAUUAGUGCAGUGCAGUUUUCUUGUCAGCGCUUCCUGGAGUGAAUUUGAUUCGCAAAGGAGAACUAAACGGAGUAAACGAUGGAUUUGUUGGAGCGCUUAAACACGGUAAUUUUUCCGGAAGCAGUAGGAGCUGGCUGUUUCGGAGAUAACGUGAAGAAAUUCAUUCGUUUCAAAGUUAGCAGCCACCCGGGAACAGAACAAUAUUGUUCCGAUUCCACUUUUGGCCAUGUUUUACUCGAGAGAAAGACGGGUUUCUGCUUUGGUCUACCGGUCUUCGUAAAAACACGUAACAGGUCCAAAUUCCCGACCGAAGCCGAGGCGAACACUAUGUUCCACAACGAGAUUUUAUUCUACAAGACGAUCGUUCCCUUUCUUCGUAAAUACGACAGAUACGACGUCCUAACUACAAGCUUCCCGGAGUUCCUGUACGGAAAAGCGGGCGACGGCCACAAUCCUGAAGAUGACUUCAUAGUAUUGAAUGAUCUCCGUCAUAGAGGUUUCCGGCGGUUCAUAGGAAAACAUUUGGAUGAGAAUCAUUUCCAGCUGAUAAUGGACAGAGCGGGAAAGUUCCACGGGUUGUCGAUACUGUGGCGGGAUGAGGAUCCAGAUGGUUUUGCCGAAGUCACAGGCCGGAUUAAAUUACUCGAUGAGGCGCAGUUAUGGGCGGAUUUUGGCGAAAUCAAAUGCAAAAAGGUUUUCAGGGAGUACAUGUUCCGCGGCGUGGAGCCCCUGCGGGAGGAUCCUGCGUACAGGGAUCGCCUUGCGGGGAUUUCAGGGACCCUGGAGCGCGCCCACGAGCGGGUGGACGAGUGCAUGGUCCCUUCGGGCCCUUUGACGGCCUUGAUCCAGGGCGACUUCCACGUCAACAAUAUGAUGUUCAAGUACGGAGCCGAUGGCACUCCCGUCGAAGUCGCCUUCGUGGAUUUCGGCAUCAUCAAGCUCUGCUCGCCGGCCGUCGAUCUCUGUCGCGUCGCCUUCUUCAGCAUGUCGCCGCAGAUGAAACGGGAUCAUUGGAAUCAACUUCUCCAUCAGUACCAUGAUUCGCUGUGUCGUCAGAUCGGCGACCACCGCUUGAAACCCUCGUUUGAGACAGUUGACGUGGAUAUCCGUACGAAGGGGAUCCAUUCUUACUGCUGUGUUGCGACCGUCAUGCCCAUGGUGAUCAGUCUCAAGGAGGGAGUUCAAGUGCCCCAGCCCCCGACACCCACGAAUUUGGAUCCUGGAGAACUUCAGGAGGCGAUCGAGGCUUACGUAAAGAGGAUGAAGGAGUUGGGAGGUGCCGAUGUCACUGAGUUCCUGGUUGACAUUGUCAGGCACAUGGUUGACAAGCAGUUCAUUUUUGAUGGCUGAAUUAUUCUUCACUGGAAAAAAAACACAUUGGAUCUAGAGUCCAGACUCUUGAAAACA